GAGGGCCGCGGCUCGGCUGCUUCUUACGCCUCCGGGCUGCGGAGGCUCGGUCGCCGAGCCCGGGUGCGGCGGGGUCAGCGGCGGCCUCUCUCGGGGAGUCGGCCCCGGGGUUAACUUAACCGGCGGCCGAGAGGAGGAGGAGCCGGGCGGGGGCGGCCGACGCACCUCCCCUCCCCCAGCACACGCAGGGGCUUCUCAGUGGCCGCGGAGGAGGAAGUUCCGCUCGCUGACAGAUCCGAGCGGUAGCAACAGCGGCCGCGGCUGGGAGGGCGCAGGUAUUUUGGACGCGAAUGCCCUUCGCGCCGACUGUCGAGGGGGCGACGUCGGAGCUGUCGCCUGCCCUCGGAGCCGGGGGAAGGGGUCGGGAGGCGCGGGCGUAGGAGCCCUCUUUCUUGCUUUUAACCCAGCGUCGCUCUUUUGGCUUCGCGCUGAGGCGGGAGACCCCUCCUCUCGGUUGGCCGACUUCCGAAGAGCCCCUUGUUUUUCCACCAGUGAGAUUAACAAAUUCUCCAGUCGAAGCAUCAGAGGAGCCCAAGUGAACCUUCUACAACUCUUUGGGUCACGUCAGUCUCCCUUUUGGGGAGGGAGACCACGUUGGAGCAUCUCCCGGAGGUGCAGGAAUGGAAGAGCCCACCCUGCAUCCUUUCUGCGGUGUUGCUUGCCUGAUCUACCCUUGGGAAUGAAGAGGAGACUUGUAAUCACCCGGUGAGGUACCGAGAGCCAGAUGGCAAAGAAAAUAUCACAGGACUUAAACUAGUGAUCGUUUUGGGGCCACACGCGUUUCUGCAUGUAAUUGAAUGAGCGUGAAAGAGGUGCCCUAUUGAAAAGCACAACAGUCCUUUAAGAGGAGAAAAAUUGGAUUUUCCCAUUUUUGCCAAAAUUCCGAAGACUGUUCAAUGUAUCGUACGUUUGAUAUAAGAUGAGAACUUUAUAAAAUAUUUUGCCCAAGAGCUUAAACGAUGACUACCCCAGCGCUGCUACCCCUCUCUGGACGAAGGAUACCACCUCUGAACCUGGGGCCGCCUUCCUUCCCGCAUCACAGGGCUACCUUGAGACUUUCUGAGAAGUUUAUCCUCCUCCUUAUUCUAAGUGCCUUCAUCACCCUGUGUUUUGGGGCAUUCUUCUUUCUUCCAGACUCUUCAAAACACAAACGCUUUGAUCUAGGUUUGGAAGAUGUGUUAAUUCCUCAUGUAGAUGCCGGCAAAGGGGCGAAACACUCUGGAAUCUUCCUGAUCCAUGGACCAGAUGAGCAUAGACACAGGGAAGAAGAAGAACGUUUGAGAAAUAAAAUUCGAGCUGAUCAUGAGAAGGCUCUAGAAGAAGCAAAAGAAAAAUUAAAAAAGUCAAGAGAGGAAAUCCGAGCAGAAAUACAGACAGAGAAAAAUAAGGUAGUCCAAGAAAUGAAGAUAAGAGAGAAAAAGCCACUGCCAGCAGUUCCUAUACCAAACCUUAUAGGAACACAUGGUGGAGACCCAGAAGAUAAUGACCUAAGAGAGAAAAGGGAAAAAAUUAAAGAGAUGAUGAAACAUGCCUGGGAUAAUUACAGGAUAUAUGGAUGGGGGCAUAAUGAACUCAGACCUAUUGCAAGGAAAGGACACUCCACUAAUAUAUUUGGAACUUCACAAAUGGGUGCUACUAUAGUAGAUGCUUUGGAUACCCUUUAUAUCAUGGGACUUCAUGAUGAAUUCCGAGAUGGGCAAAAAUGGAUUGAAAACAACCUUGAUUUCAGUGUGAAUUCAGAAGUGUCUGUUUUUGAAGUCAACAUUCGAUUUAUUGGAGGCUUGCUUGCAGCGUAUUACCUUUCAGGAGAGGAGAUAUUCAAGAUUAAAGCAGUCCAGUUGGCUGAGAAACUCCUUCCUGCCUUUAACACACCUACGGGAAUUCCUUGGGCAAUGGUGAAUCUGAAAAGUGGAGUAGGGCGAAACUGGGGCUGGGCAUCUGCAGGUAGCAGCAUUCUUGCUGAAUUUGGCACACUACAUAUGGAGUUUGUCCACCUCAGCUACUUGACAGGAAACCCAAUUUACUACAAAAAGGUCAUGCACAUUCGGAAACUGCUUCAGAGAAUGGAUCGUCCAAAUGGUCUUUAUCCAAAUUAUUUGAACCCAAGAACAGGUCGCUGGGGUCAAUAUCACACAUCAGUUGGCGGGCUAGGAGACAGUUUUUAUGAGUACUUACUAAAAGCAUGGUUGAUGUCAGAUAAAACAGACCAUGAAGCCAGAAAAAUGUAUGAUGAUGCUAUUGAGGCUAUAGAAAAACAUCUUAUUAGGAAGUCUCGUGGAGGUCUUACCUUUAUUGGAGAAUGGAAGAAUGGACACUUGGAAAAGAAAAUGGGGCAUUUGGCCUGCUUUGCUGGGGGAAUGUUUGUACUAGGAGCAGAUGGUUCCAGAAUGGAUAAAGCUGGACAUUAUUUAGAGCUGGGGGCGGAAAUUGCACGUACAUGUCAUGAGUCCUAUGACAGAACUGCAUUAAAGCUCGGUCCUGAAUCAUUCAAGUUUGAUGGUGCAGUAGAAGCUGUGGCAGUCCGGCAGGCUGAAAAGUAUUACAUCCUCCGUCCAGAAGUCAUUGAAACCUAUUGGUACCUGUGGCGAUUCACUCAUGAUCCAAGAUACAGGGAGUGGGGCUGGGAAGCAGCACUGGCUAUUGAGAAGUACUGCCGAGUCAGUGGCGGAUUUUCUGGGGUGAAGGAUGUGUACUCCUCUACUCCUACACAUGAUGAUGUACAGCAGAGCUUCUUUCUUGCUGAAACAUUAAAGUAUUUGUAUCUGCUGUUCUCCGGUGAUGACCUUUUACCUUUAGACCACUGGGUAUUUAAUACAGAGGCUCACCCUCUGCCCGUGUUACAUUUAGCCAACACCACACUUUCAAGAAAUCCUGCUGUUCGAUGAAUGAAGCUUCAGAAAGACCAUUCUCACCUGUGUUUUGUUUACAUGGACCACUACAGAAAUUAGUCUGGAGAGGGGCCUUUUGAAAACCUGGACCUCUUAAGUCAACAUGGCAGGGUGAAACAUGACUAUUCCCUGCAAGACUUUUCAACUUGUAGAUAUUUCAACUUUGAAAUGAUUCCAUUUUAUACCUGACCAAAACAUAUUCUGGUGUAUGUAGGACAGAGACCUGAUGUGUUUUGAUUCUUAAUGAGAUGGUCACUUGAGAAAUUAUGCCUGUUGCUGUUGUUUCUAGAGUCCUGGAAUCUGGAGGCUAUACUUCCUAAGAAUAAGCCCAGAAUGUGGAGCACCUUGCAGGAGUUGGAGAUGGCCUUUGGAACCAAUUACACAUUUGUUUCCUCCCAAAGUGGAGCAGCUCUCACGUCACAAUAUUUACACAUUGUUUGUCCUCUUUUCCCCUCCAUUUUUAAUAAUGGAAUGAAUUAAAAUAAGAGCAAAAAAACAAUGUAACUGCAUCGGCCGCAGGAAGACUCGAAAAAGAAACAGAAUGCCUAUCCCUCUCUGAAUUUUCAAGUUACCAUUAGAUGCAGACUGGCAGCCAUUUCAAGUCGCAGUCUAGUCCAUUGAAAUUUCUUGGUUAAAUUUGAUUUCUCUGGGGACAUGAUUCACGAAGAAUACUCUUCAAGUCUUUGUCUCCAUAUGGAAUCAUUGAAACUACUAUUUAUCAUCACCACUACUUACGAGCCUGGGUUUGGAAUUCCGUGCAUGUUGUUCAGUCUCGUGUUGGUAGCAUGACAAAAAGUGGGGAAAAUGCUGCAGUUUGUUGCCUUGAAACCUGUUCUAAGAGAAAGCCUUGGUUUUGUUGGUAGGAGAUUAUUUUUUCAAACCAGCAAAUCUACCAAGUAAAUUUCGUUUACUUUGACCUUAGUAGACUUCCUCAAUUUUCAGCUCUUUGUGUGGCUUGGCAAAAUUCACUGCACUGUGUGCCGCUCUGAAUUUACCUUGAUGAGCCAGAUUACCUUCACAAUUUGUUAAAUAAAAAAUAAUAUGUAGUGAAACUUCCUUAACUGUUUUUGGGAUAGGGGAUCCUUUGUUAUCCCAUCAGAUGAGUGAGCUUUUCCUAACCAUUUUAUGUAAAAAAUAAAUUCAACUUUUUUUCUCUAAGGAUAUUUAUAUAAACCCAAAGAAUUAAUCAGAGUAGUUUCAAAAUAAUAUUUAGUAAUUAAAAUGUGGUAUAAUUUAAUUAUAUUACACUAAAUUUGAAAUAUAUCUAAGGGGCUUUCUCUUACCAUCAAUAGAUUUUACAGUAUUUCUUUAUAUUGUGGGGGAAUAACAAAUUUUAUCAGGAACUAAAAGAUAAAUAAGACUUAUAAAUUUUCUGACCCUUAAAUUUAUGUCACAGUGCAAGAUGCUUUUUCUUCUUUACACUUAAUACAAACAGCUUCCAUUGGCAGUAAUAGUUAGGAGUAGUAUUAUUAGUCUGAUAUUUACUAUGAAUUUGAAGAUUUCAUAAAACAAUGCGUAGGAAGCCCACUUUAGAGUUCUGAAGGUUUGUUGUCUUAUUUUGAUAGUUUUUUUUUAUUGUUUUAUUAGCAUGUGGUAGAUUUACAUUGGAGAAAGAUUUAGUAAAUGAAUAUGAUUAAAUAUUUUAAGGGUGUUCAUCUUAUGCCACAAAUAGUCAUACAGUUCACAUAGUUCAGAAGAUGAUCCAUAAAUGAUAACCAUCUCAAGAUUUUCAGUAUACAUAGAAAGUAAGGAUGUAGAGCCAGUUGCUUUAUUUAAAUCUUUAGGAGACUUAAAUUUUAGUACAUAUAUUGAAAUUAUAAUAUCUUUUGCUAGUUGAAAAACUAAAAAUUUUAAAUGAAAAGCAUAGAUGACUAACUUUAGAAGAGAAAGGGAAAGUGUUUAGUUCUCAAAAAACAUUAGCUUUGCUCCUAAAAAUAGCACAAGCCCACUUAUGAGUCACUUAAAAAAAAUGAAAAACUUGACUUGGCAAAAGACCCAGAACAGCUUUGUAGAUGGCAGUGAACACUUGCUCACUUCGUUUAGAAGAAUGCAGAGUAAAGGAACCUUCUUGGUUCCCCAGGAACUUCUCAAGAAAUGAAAAGACAAAACCCCCACACCAAGUGCUCUGUUUGUAUUUGUGGAGCUCAAGAGAAGACAGAGAGGGCAUGAGCAUGGCUAGUUCUGGUCCAAGCAAAGACUCUUGAGAGGGACGAAGGAAGAGUCUUCAUCAUCUCCUCUCUCCCUUGUGACGGUGAGAAGACUAGAGCUUAUGACAGUGCUUCCUUUUUCUUUUUUUUCUUCUCUGAAUACCAAAGGCAAUUACAUUUAAGUCAGCUACGAGUUGCCAAUGUCAUGUUUUAUUUUUGUUAAGGAUUUAAAAAUUUCUUUUCUCCAAGAUCAAUCCUUAUCCUAUAUUAUCCCCAUAUUCUGCUAGUUUCUGAAAGUAUUCUUUACUUUUUUCUGUCCUUUACAGUCCUUUGCAUUUUGUAGCCCUUAUGACUCAGGUUAAACAUUCGUUACAUUUUUAAGAUCUUCUGCAAAGAGCCUAGAAAUGCUCCUUUCCAGGUGCCUCCUCAAAAGCAGACACAUUACUUUGUGCCUUUGGCACAAAUGUGCAGAGUAGAUCAUUUGGUAUACAAGAGAAAAAAAUAGAUGUUGAACACCCUUCCACCUUCUAUAUUUAUUUUUCUUUCUUUUAGAAUCUUAGAAUCACGUUUUUAGUUCAAACCAGUAUUAAGCUGUUAAAACCAAGAGAAUGUGGUCCCAACUGAAAAGAAGUCUCAGUGUAGAAAAAUAGGUACCCAGCCACAGGAUUCUUACUUUCUGGUGGGUUGUAGAGAUGUGCUGUCUUAUGUCUGACACCGACUUAUCCUUGUCUUUGAGCAGAUGUUUGUGUGUAAAAGCAAAACCUGGAUAUUGAAGGAAUAUAUUCCUGUUGUGGGAUAUUGGCCCUGAUUCUCUGUGAUGUUCUCUAGGACAGCCCAGGGCUUCAGUUGGUAGAUUUUAACCAAGCAGUUUGAAAUUUUGAUCAUUAACGUCUCCUCUCCCAUUCUCCAUUGCCAAAGUCUUUGUCAAAACUUCAAAUUUGUUGGUAAAAUUUGUUGUGCUUGCCCUUGUAGUUUCUCCUUAGGCGUGGAUUCCUUAUGAGUGAGUGAGUGAGUGAGUGAGUGAGUGAGUGAGUGAAGAAGCACAGCAUACCUGAUGUGUGCCAAGCGUUGUGCUCGGCACUUUCAAGUGUUAGAACACUUUGUGAUUCCAGUGGCAUUUUCUGUAUAAGAGUUGUUCAUACCGUUCUAAGUGUUUUUCAGUAUGAUUCAUGUUACAAAAUCCUUAAUUUUAUAUUUCCUUUAAAUUAAAGAAGAAAAGAAAUGGUUUAUAAUAUAUUUUAAACAAUGUGCUACUAUAUAAUACUAACAGCUAUAAUUGUAGUUAAUAACAAGUCUCUUGAAAAAUGUCAAAAGAAAUACUUGAUUUCUGAUGCAACUUUGACUAAAAUAUCUACUUUAGAAAUAAAAAAAUUCUUAUUUUGCUAUUAUCACUUUAAUUGCAUAAUUAAAAGUUAAUGUUUUAUAGAAAUGCUGGUUAUUUUAUAUUCAAAAAAUUGUCACAUAAUUAAAUGGGUAAAAUUUGCAGUUAGUUGUAAAUUGUUUAUGCUCUGCUCUGUGGUUCCAGUAAUGGUCUCAUGCUGUUAAAUAUAAAAGAAUAAUAUACUGAAAUAUUUCUAAGUUCCUAAUAACAGUUCCUAGUAAUGGUAUUUUGAGUUCUUAUUUUUCUUUAGGUUUCCUUACACUCAGAUUGGCUAGCUCAUAUCUUAAUCUACUCUUUAGGUAGAUAGAUACAUAAAUACAAUGAUACAUAGAAAGAUUUUUAGUAUUGUUUCUGUUAGUGAACACCAUUGUUAACUGGUUUUGGCUGCACAAAUUCUAAGCAGAAUAUUUGAGUAACCAAAUAUGAUCUGGAGAUAUUUUAAUGUACUUGGUUCCGGAACAUUGAUGAAUAUGGUUUUCUGUUCCUUCAGCUCAUUCAGGCCAUGUUCUCUGUGAUCUGUGGAUCAGCAAGCUGUCCUCCAGAGAGCCAGACGUGAAUGUUUCAGGCUUUGUGAGCCGUACAGUCUCUCUCUGCUACUCAGUCCUGCUGUUAAGCCAUCAAAGCAAGUGUAGACAGCAUGCAAAGGAAGGGGUAUCGGUGGCUGUUUUCCAAUAAAACUUUUAUUUUCUGCAACAUGGAGGACUAGAUUUGGCCCAUGGAUCAUAGUCGUUAACCCUUGAUCCCAAUUUUAAUUUGUGUAAGACCCUAUAAUCUUUGAUAUGCAUCUUUUAUCUGUGUUUUGAAUACAUAAUUCAUUUUUAAAGCAAAAAAAAAGUCAUGUAUGUACGAUCAUAUGUAUUUGUGUAACCUAAAGCUAUAUAUUUGUUGUCUUGAAAAUAGCUAUACUCUGGAGGCUAUUCAGGUUUCAGUAUGGUACAACUAUCUUGAAAGAGGCAUUUUGUUUGUUUUUGGGGUAUGCUGUUAGCCCUUAUCCUUUCUUGUCAUUUAGUGCCACAAUUCCAGAGUCUCCAUGUAAAAGAAAGGGUCUCUGUGGUAUCAAAACUAGUAUAUUUGCUUCAGGUUCUGCCUGCCCAUUAACCUUUGGACCAGGACUCUGGAUGGCUGGAGCUGCAAAAAUUCCUCCACUUGAAUACUCUUAGGGCCCUAUGACAAGAAUGUGAAAUUAUAUUUCUGACCUUUGUGCUACAGAAGUCAAUCUCCUGAAAAAAUUUUAAGCAACAGAAAAUGGGUUAUGUGCCUCAGUUGCCAUGUGGCAACCACUAUUCCUUUUUUUAGACUGCAGAAAGAUACCAUUGCCCUUGUUACCUCUACAACAGCCUAAAUCUGAGGAAUGCAGAGAAAAAGAUGUGUCCAAAAGAAGAGUUCCCUUCCUCUUCUUGCACUUGCUCAAUCUUUUUCAGGUCAAUAGUAUUUCAGAAUGUCAGUGUGCAUCAUAUUUAAAUUAAAGCAUCCUCAGCCUUUUAACUGUUUAACAACUAAUCCACUUUAAACUUUGAGCCCAGCAGAACUCAUGAAAUUACACAAUACCACAUGGCUAGUAUGUAUGUACAUUGCAGUGCACCAAGCUUCCUGAGGAUAGCUUUUUUCACAAAGAAGUUUACCAAAUUUUUCACUAUACUUGGAAAUGCUAGAAGAUGGGAAGCCUGUACUCAGAAUGGCAGGGGGACACACACCAUAAAUGAAUUACCUUUCUGAGUUCAGCAUGCAAUACAGAUGGCUUCAGCUCAGUGUGAAUCAGUGUGAGUACACAGACAUGUACACCCACAUACAUAUGCAGAAGAUUUUAAAUAAAAAUGUGUUGCAGCUAUUGGAAAGCUACAGACUUCUACUGCAAAUUAUAUACCAGAAAAAUCCAUGGAGAUAAGCUCACCUCUUGGGAAAAGUUAUUUUUUAGAAAAUUUAGAAAUUAGUUUUUGUUGGAUAAGUUGAAUAAAGCAUCCCCAGUUUUAAUACUGGAUUCAUAAGUUGAAAUGCCAUUUCUCAAUCUUACUGGUCUCAAAUUCACUGGUAUAAUUUUUCCCUAAACUAACACGUGGGGCAAGUAUAACCUCCUAAAUCAGUACCCACCAGCCACUCCUGAACUGACUUCCAGUUAUGUCCUCCUCCAUACGUAAUUUUUAUAAAUUAAAGGUAAUAUUGUAUAUUAAAGAUUAAAUAAAGAUGUUCUUUAAGUGAAAA